AUGAAUGGAGUUAAAAAACUCAAGGGUGAGUCAACUGAGUUGCCUGAUUGUAUUAUAUCUUAUAUCUUUUCCAAGUUAAGUUUGAAGAAUUUGGUGAAAACUAGGGCAUUGUCCAAACAAUGGUAUCAUGAAUGGGGAUUAAGGAAGGACCUCACUUUUGAUCUCCUUAACAUGUUUGAUUAUAAUACCGUUCCAGAGUUAUCAAUAACCCUUCCACACUUUCGACAACUUCAAUCUCAAUUUGCCACAAGAUUGGAUUAUUUCAUGCAGAAAUAUCCCGGUGACAUGAUCAGUUCAAUUCGAGUAAAUUUUCCAUUAGAUGUCUAUCAUACUUAUGCCAUUGAUGGAUUGAUUCACAAAGGACUUGUUAAAGGUGUCAAUCGUAUUGAGCUCCUCUUCGCAUAUAAAACUGAUUUUAAUAUAAGGCCAUACAAAUUUUUAUUUCCUUUCUUGUCUGGCCCUAAUACUCUCACAUAUCUGCACCUACAGAACUGCCACAUAGCCGCAACUAUGGAUUUUUCUCGAUUGAAGAACUUGAGAACCCUUGUGCUGACUCUCGUUCCUGUGGAGCAGAAUAUGCUUCAGGAUCUGUGUUUUACCUGCAUCCAUCUUGAGAACUUCAUUCUUAAUGAAUGUUUGUUCCUCUCUGACUUAAAAAUAACUAGUCCAUCAUUGCUUCAUUUGAACAUUCAUUGCGGGCGUCUCAGGGACACAAAGUCGAGAAAUCUUGAUAUUGUUGCAUCAAAUCUCUUAUCCAUUGAAUAUUCUUCGGUCUAUCUGUCUUCUCUACUACUGUUCCUGUAA